UCGAAUUCAGAACCGGUUCUUGGAGAGAUAGUGUACGGAUUCCUUGUCCUGAUUGGUAUUACAGAGAGAGGAUAGGUACAUUCUUGGAUCAAUCUCUCUAUUGGAUUGUGUACCGGUCUAAUGUAGACCGGUUCAUCCUUUGCUUUAAUCUCUCAACCGAUGAAUACCGGAAAUUACCUCUCCCGGUUUACAAUCAAGGUGUCACGUGUUCUUGGUUAGGCGUUACAGGUCAAAAACUUUGCAUUACAGAGUAUGGACCAUGCGAGGAGAUUUGGAUUUCGGUUAUGGAGAAAACGGGGUCAUGGAACAAGAUUCUAAGCCUUUUAUUGUCGAAUUUGAUCACCAUGCAAGACUGUUUCUACGAUUAUCAAAUCGAGUUCGUGUCGUUUACGAAAAGGAACGAUAUUGUCGUGACAUUCACUGGGUAUUACGACGAUGUUGAGAGGGAAGAUGAAAAAAGUGUGAAGAAAAAGAUGUUCUUAUACAAAACUGGUGACAAUACAUUUCAAGAAAUCCGGUUUUGUAACUCUAUAGCUGGGUUUAGGUUUCACAGUGAAUAUGUGGAGACUCCGGUGAUUACUGAUCGUGUAUUUAUAUGAAACAAAGAAAAAUGUAACAUUAGAUGUGUG